GAGGACGCUGCUCUCACACGGUUCCUCAUCGGCCCUGGAAACUGUAAACACUGCGGUGAAAUACUGGUGUUUUAUACGCGUUUAUAGAGGAUUGCUUGGAACAAACAAAACAGACAGCGUCUCCGUUGCGGGGAGACAGCCGCCGGGAUGCUGGCCAGGACGGCCCUGAGCAGAGGCGUCUCAGCCCACCGCCUCAGGAAAAACGUCACCUUGUACAUGAAUGAAGUCCCGUCUCCAGCCGCACGAGGUCCCGGCCAGACCUCCGAGGUCCACAAACCCCUCUUGCUGAUGUUGCCCUGGUACGGCUCACGUCCACAAGCUGUGGCCAAAUACUGUGACAUCUACUUUCGCUCCGGCUUUGACGUGCUCGUGGUGGAGAGCGAGAUCAAAGACUUCCUGUGGCCUCGCUGGGGUCUGGACCGUGGAAAGGGGGUGCUGGAGUUGCUCCAGAGUGAGCGCUUUGUGUCUCGCCCCCUGCUUGUCCACGCCUUCUCGAUUGGCGGCUACACAUUUGCUCAACUGCUGGUACAUAUGUCCCGGGACAAACAUAGAUACCUGGAAGUCACAAAUAGGAUCAGAGGCCAAAUCUAUGACAGCUUGGUGUUGGGCUCAGUGGAGCAGAUGGCUAUUGGUCUUGGUAAAACUUUAUUUCCUGUCUUGGACACGCUUGUAAAGCGAGUGAGCCUGCUUUACUUUAGUGUUUUCAAACGUCAGACUGUGGAAUACUUUAACAUGGGCAUCGACGUGGUUUGGAACAAUCCAGUCAAGGCUCCGGUGCUGCUCUUCUUUUGCGAGAACGACGUGAUGAGUAACUCAGAAACUGUUGAAGAACUGAUCGCUUACUGGCAAAAGCGUGGGAUGGACAUCACAGCAAAGAAGUGGGAGGACUCGACACACGCGGGUCAUCUAAAGAGAUGUUUUUUGGAUUGAUUGGAGCUGAUGAAUCUGUUCAUACGAGCUAUUUUCCGUCCUGUAGUUUUUGUUUUGUCUGUGAUUCCAGAUUUUAGAGCAGUGUUUGCGAACUCCGGUCCUCGAGUACCCCUGCUCUGCAUGUUUUAGACGUUUCCUUGUUUCAACAGCCCGGACUAUCAGGGUGUGUUGAAGCACAGAAACAUGCAGGAUGGGGGUACUUGAGGACCAGGGUUGGUUGGGAAAUACUGCUUUAUAGCACCAAAUGAAAUCACCUUUUUUGUUUUUCCUCCUCCAGUAGCCUGUUGUGAAGAAUCGUUUUGCUUACACACAUUUUUUGCAGGGGAUCUGAACGGUUUGAUACACAUGCUCCUUGAUUGAAGACACUUCUAAAACUGUGUCAAGUGCUGCAGUAAAAGGACAAACAUGAUGCAGUUAAAUAGAAAUAUACGAACAAUUGUUAUCUUAUUUUUUCUGGUCAAAUCAUUUUAAAUGUGUGAAAAAUUAAAUGCAUUAAUAAUACAAUUUUACAAAGGAAUUGUUUGGUCUUGUGAAUUAACAUUUUCCUGCUUAAAGCUAUUUUGAGAAAUGAUUCAAAUAAAAAAAAAAAAAAAAAGCACAGACAGCAUGUACUGUUGUACAUUUUAUUGAGUGUUCACUCUGUGGUUUAAUCCUUGUAAGGCACAGAGGGUUAGGCACACGCUCAGAGGAACAGAGGCCCUUCGCUCUGGCUUGGGUCAUUCUGACCUGAGCGUUGCUGGGUUUAGGGUUUUACAGCAAUGAACAACAUGCUUGUCCAUUAGCAUUCACGUAGUUUAAGAAGACAAAUAUUCAUGACUAUAACCCAUUUAUUCUAUGCUGCUGUACAAUGUGUAGAGACAAAUUCACAGAAACACAUCUUCAGGAGCUUUGAAAAGUAUGUGCAUGCAUCUAGUCUUGUUUUACAGUGCUCUGGUUCAGUGGUUCUCAGUGGGUGUGGCUUUGGGACCCACCGUCACCCUUUAUUGAUUAGCCGUGACCCAAUUGAUUUUGUAGGUGGUUGGUGCCGUUUCCUCGCAGUCACAAGGUCCCUGCUUGGAUUCCAAGCUGGGUGAAACCCCCCCUAUGCAUGCAGGGUUGUGUUCUGCUGUGGCAACCACUCUGCACAGGGAGGGACAGUGCUGGGACAGGAUUUUUAACCCCAGAUUGUAUAGAAUUAUCAGUACUUUCAUGCCCAAACAUUAAAUUAAAUAAAGUGCAAAAGCUUAGAAUUCGUUCCAAAUAGACUCAAAAAUGUAUCACUUUACCUCAAUACCCACCCAUUGAGUAUAUAAGAAGCACUGUACUAGUAAAACAAUUCAGUUACUCAAUCAUACACUAAACAGAAAGCUGAAAGUCAUUAAAACAUAGCAGUAAUAACCAUUUUUAACAGACUUGUAAAAUAAGAGUGCAACAACUGAGAAGUACCUCUGAAAAAAGCUUUCCCUGAGAGUUUUAUCUUGACCUGAGGCAAAGGUUUCACUUGUUGACGGCCUAUGCCCCAGAAGGGGUAGUAGGCGUAAGUAAGUAAGAGGCAAAGCUUUGCAACACACUUUUGGGUCCCAACCCACCAGUUGAGAUUUGCUGAUCUAUCGAAAUGUACUUCUUUUUUCACACUAUGGCUCAAUCAAAAGUUGAAAUAACUUUUGGUACGGCCUGGCAAGUAGUUACCGACACACAUGAGAAAUGAGAGGAAAUUAAAUGAAUGUGGCUGAACAUGAAAUGAGUUAAUACAAUGAAGGACAUUUUAUGUCCUGUUCUUUCACUGCCCAUAAAUGAAGGAGCACUGUUUUUUAUAUUCUUUUUAUGGGACAGGAAUUUUUAACCCUUUCUCUGCUCCGGAAUCGAAUUUACGUCUCUUUUUGACUUAGUUUCGUAUUGGAACAUCCUCCUGGAGACUUAAGACUUGAAUAAAAACAUCUGAUUCAGUGGCAAACUCAAACUCGAUGCUCCACCUGGUGGCAGAAAUUGCAAUGGAAACAUCAAUUAUCCUUAUUCCUAUCCUUAAAGUCACUUUCUGAAUUAAAACAUCUCUGAGGCAACAAUGCUAUCAUGCAUGUUGCCCCAAUUAUGUAAUAUGAUUGGAAAAAAAAAAGUAGACACACAAGUCUUGCAGUCGAUGUACAACCAGCCUUUUGACACCGACCAUACAGCUGGUAUGGUCCUGUGUUUCACAUCUUGUUUAGAAAAGAAAUUCAUAGUACCUGGUCAGCAGUCAGUUUAUCUGUGGAUAACUUUCCUUACCCUACAGUGUCAAAAGGACAUUGUUGUAUGCUGAUGGUACUGAACACAAACAAAUGUGAUCGGUAUACACUAGAGUAUUUGGUGUAGAGACCCAAAGUGAAAUGUUCCCCUGCUGUUUUAUCUUUGUGAUUUACACUGUGCCUUAACUAAAGAAUAGAAAAUGUUUAGUUGUUUUUUUUUUUUUUUUUUUCAUGAGUUUUGAAUUAUUAUUCAAUUUUUUUCUCUCGCUAUCAGGUUUGAUUGUUUCUGUUAAAUGAUCCAGUGGAGAUCUGUGCACAAUAGUCAAUCUCUGCAGUCAAAAUGACCAAAGCAGUGAAUAACUAAACUUGAAAACCACUACUGAAGUCUUGUGGUUCAUAUUUGAAACCUCUGUUGUUAGAAAAAUAAAUGAAAUGUCUGAAUGUGGUGGUGGAUUAUGAAGUGGUGCCUGAUAUAAUUUGAUGCUCUGCAUUUCAUUGAUUGAGCAUUUAUGACGUUUAAUUAUAUCACAAAUAAUGUAUGAAUUUCUCUUUGUCUCUG